AAUAUCUAUUCGCGAGCUGCAGUACUGCUCAACUCCGCACGAGGCGCUGCGCGCUACUUCUUCCUGUCAACAUGGCGGCUGUGAUGGAUCUGUGGGGUCAUUGCUAAGAUUGUGGAGCCGACAAGCCCGGUGUAUCGGCUCCAUCUGCGGCCAGAGCGCCUGACUUCAGCCGGCACACCCUCCAUCUUCUCACCACCAACACCACGGCCCGGAGUUCUACAUUUGUCUGUUAGGAGCGCUGCUGACAAACUUCAGGAAUGUUGAUUAAGGAAUAUCGGAUUCCGCUUCCCCUCAGUGUGGAGGAGUAUCGCAUUGCACAGCUGUAUAUGAUACAGAAAAAGUCCCGUGACGAGAGUCAAGGGGAGGGGAACGGAGUCGAGAUCCUGGUUAACGAGCCAUAUACAGAUGGGCCGGGGGGCAGUGGGCAAUACACGCGGAAAGUCUACCAUAUAGGAACACACAUCCCAGGCUGGUUUAGGUCGAUACUCCCGAAGGCUGCCCUACGUGUUGAGGAGGAGGCCUGGAAUGCCUACCCUUACACCAGGACCAGAUAUACGUGUCCCUUCAUCGAGAAGUUUUAUCUGGAGAUCGAGACGAAAUACUGCGCAGAUGGAGGAAUUCAGGACAACGUUUUUAACUUGAGCGGAACUGAGAAAAGGAAUAGGAUAGUAGACAUGAUAGACGUGGUGAAAGACGAUCUGCCUGCCCAUGACUACAAGCUGGAGGAGGACCCAGCGUUGUACAAGUCUGUCAAAACCGGGCGGGGCCCGCUCGGACAGGACUGGAAACAGAGAUGUCAGGACUCCCCAGCUCAGGACAUCAUGUGCUCCUACAAACUGUGUAAGGUGGAGUUCCGCUACUGGGGCAUGCAGAACAAGAUCGAGAAGUUCAUCCACGAUGUCGCCCUAAGGAAGACCAUGCUGCAGGCCCACAGACAGGCCUGGUGCUGGCAGGACGAGUGGGAGGGGCUGGAGAUCGACGACAUCCGCAGACUGGAGAAGGAGACACAGCUGGCGCUGGCCCACAAGAUGCACCGGCAGGACAGCAGUAACAGCAUGGACAGCACGGUCUCGGAGAGAGAUGUACAAACCAGUCCUGCUGCUCCUCCUGCUUCCCUCCAUACUACAGAGGAGGAGACAGACUUCCAGCCUGCAGACCAGGACAAGUCUGAAACAUCUCGGGCCAACCCUCCAAUCAGCAGCGCUAAUGGAGUUGAAACAAGAAACUUUUACGAGUGGAGAUUCCAGAGCAUCAUGCGGGACUCGGAGAACUCCAGCUCGGAUGAGGAGUUUUUUGAUGCCCAAGAUGUUCUGGAUGAAACUCUCCUGACCAAGUGGAGUUCAGAGGAGAUGGUUGCCAUGGAGAUGGUUGCUAUGCAACCAGAAACACCUGAUAAACAACAGGACAAGGAUGACUUUAUUGAGAUGAGAGAGGGACCCAGGGAGCAUGCUGGGAUACCGUCUCCCCGGCUGGAACAGCGACAGAGAUUACCCACAAACCUCCAGUCCUCGUCACAAGCCGGCGGACCGUGCGGCCUGCUAGUUCUGGUUCUCCAUGGAGGCAGCCUGCUGGACCAGGGCUCCUCCAUCCUGGGCUCUAAGCAGUCGGACAUCACCAUAGUAACAGUAACCAUAGUAGCAGUAACCAUAGCGACCCUGUUUCCUGUUCUCCAUGGAGGCAGCCUGCUGGACCAAGGUUCCUCCAUCCUGGGCUCUAAGCAGUCAGACAUCAGCACCUUCCACUCCACGUUUGAGUCGGUGAUCCAGGCGCACUUCCCCUCCAUGGCAGGCCAGGUCUCCGUCCAGCUGGUGGCCUGUCCGCGGGCAUGUGUGGAGGCGCUGUCUCUGCUGACAAGUGUGAGCCCCUUCAGUACCGAGGCGGCCUCCCCCCACAGCAAGACUCGCCUGCUGAGUAAGGAACACCUGCCCAUCGGCGCUGUUUGUUUGUUUGUUUGUUUGUUUAGUGUGAGCCCCUUCAGUACCGAGGCGGCCUCCCCCCACAGCAAGACUCGCCUGCUGAGUAAGGAACACCUGCCCAUCGGCGCUGUUUGUUUGUUUGUUUGUUUGUUUAGUGUGAGCCCCUUCAGUACCGAGGCGGCCUCCCCCCACAGUAAGACUCGCCUGCUGAGUAAGGAACAUCUGCCCAUCGGCGCUGUUUGUUUGUUUGUUUGUUUGUUUAGUGUGAGCCCCUUCAGUACCGAGGCGGCCUCCCCCCACAGUAAGACUCGCCUGCUGAGUAAGGAACAUCUGCCCAUCGGCGCUGUUUGUUUGUUUGUUUGUUUGUUUAGUGUGAGCCCCUUCAGUACCGAGGCGGCCUCCCCCCACAGUAAGACUCGCCUGCUGAGUAAGGAACACCUGCCCAUCGGCGCUGUUUGUUUGUUUGUUUGUUUGUUUGUUUAUAUAAGCCCCUUCAGUACCGAGGCGGCCUCCCCGCACAGCAAGACCCGCCUGCUGAGUAAGGAACACCUGCCCAUCGGUGCUUAUAAGCCCCUUCAGUACCGAGGCGGCCUCCCCGCACAGCAAGACCCGGUUGCUGAUAUAAGCCCCUUCAGUACCGAGGCGGGCUCCCCGCACAGCAAGACCCGCCUGCUGAGUAAGGAACACCUGCCCAUCGGAACACCUGCCCAUUGGUGCUGUUUGUUUGUUUGUUUGUUUAGUGUAAGCCCCUUCAGUACGGAAGCUGCGUCUCCCCACAGCAAGACUCGCCUGCUGAGUAAGGAACACCUGCCCAUCGGCGCCGUGCCUCUCCUGUCGGCCGCCAGCACAGACUUCCCCGAGCACGUCGCCACAGUCAUCGCCCGGGGCAACCAGGUGUACCAGGACUUCCUGAGCUCACCUGAGGGGAGCGGCUUCUGACCAUAGUCCAUAUACACCAGGAAUCGGACACGGGAUGGACAUGGAUACAGGGUCCAGUUUGGAGGACAGUUUGGCCGAGUCGGACCGAGGCGCGGACGGGGAACUCUCGUCUCCGAGCUGGCGCCACAGGAGCAGGUUUCCCAGCAGCCCCUCUGGUCAGGACUCGGACGGCUCCAGGGGGCAGUUCCAUCUGUCGUACAACAGUCCUGACAUUCCCGCGCCAGGAGACCAUCCGCUGAAGUUUGAGUUUGAAGUCGGGGAUUUCUUCCUGUUCGGAUGUCCGCUCAGCCUCAUCCUCAUCAUGCGCCAGCUGACGGCAGGGAGCGACAAGAAAGUCUGCCUGGCACAACCGGCCUGUAACCAGGUGUACAACAUGUUCCACCUGACGGACCCGCUGGCCGCCCGGUUGGAGCCGCUGCUUCAGGACCAGUUCUCCCAGAUCGCGCCGGUCUCCGUCUCCAGAUAUCACAAGUUUCCUCUGGGCGACGGCAGCACCAACUUGCUGGUGGACGCGGUUCAGAGCCACCCCAGCCUGUUCAUGUCCACGCUGCCACUGCAGCCGGAGGAGCGACGACCGAGCGAAGCGAGCGUCUCAAGUCAGACGUCUCAGACAUCUGGGCAGGGGGACGCUAUCCACUACCUGGCUAGUGUCACAAACCGAUGGUGGGGUGCGAAGCGGAUUGACUACGCGCUGUACUGUCCGGAGGCGCUGACAGCGUUCCCCUCCAUGACUCUGCCGUACCUGUUCCAUGCUAGCUACUGGGAGUCCACUGAUGUCAUCGCUUUUAUACUCAGACAGGUUGUGCGAGUGGAGAAUGUGAGCAUCCACAUCGGGGAUGGGAAGGAGGUGGCCCUGUUCAGCCCCACCCAGCCCAGGGAGAGGUGGCUCAAGAGGCGCACGGCUGUCAAAAUUAAGAACAUGACAGCCAAUCACAGGGCAGCCGACAGCGUGACGCUGCAGAACACCAGCCAAUCGUUGACCGCCAGGUUCAUGUACGGGCCGCUGGACAUGGUCGCGCUCACAGGAGAGAAGGUUGAUGUGUACAUCAUGCUGAAGCCCCCCGCGGGAGAGUGGGUACAUUUCGACACCGCGGUGACGAACAACCACGGCCGGAUCAACUACGUGGUCCCUCAGGAGCGCAUGCUGGGCUGCGGCAUCUAUCCCGUCAAGAUGAUUGUCAGAGGAGACCACACCUCAGCAGACAGUUUCCUGACAGUUAUCCUCCCCAAGACGGAGUGUGUCGUCUUCAGCAUCGACGGAUCCUUCACAGCCAGUGUCUCGAUCAUGGGGAAGGACCCGAAAGUACGCGCUGGGGCGGUCGACGUGGUCAGACACUGGCAGGAACUGGGCUAUCUCAUCGUGUACGUGACAGGGCGCCCGGACAUGCAGAAACACCAGGUGGUUUCGUGGCUGGCGCAGCACAACUUCCCGCACGGCGUCGUGUCGUUCUGCGACGGGCUAUCCCAUGAUCCUCUCAGGCAGAAAGCUAACUACCUCAGGAACCUCGUGCAAGAGGUGGAGAUCGUAAUCCACGCGGCGUACGGUUCGGUUAAGGACAUUCCCGUCUACACGUCCCUCGGGCUGGAGAGUUCCCGCCUCUUCAUCGUGGGGAGACCCAACAAGAAGAACCAACACCAGGCACAGUUUAUAAACGAGGGCUACGCGGUUCACCUGAGCCACCUGCUGCACCAGCCCGCCAGCCUGCCAGCCAAGGGCGGCGCGGCCAUGGUCCUGCACAAGGGAUGCUUCGGGCUGCCCGGACAGGCUAAGGGCAUGAUCCGACCAAUGGCAGGCCGGCAGGCGGCCAUCCCGCCAGGCACCGCAGCAGCGCCCUCUAGUCAGUGAUGUCAGAACUGCACCUAGCCAUGCAGGAGGCUGUGUUGUCAUGCGUGCGAGUGUGCAUGUGUGUGUGUGCGUGUGUGUGUGUGCGCGCGCAUGUGUGUGUGCUAGAGAGAGUGCUUGUGAGUGUUUUUACUUGUACAAUGUAUUCAUGUGUAUGCAGGUGUGUUUGUGUGAGAGUUUGUUAUGAGGAAAACUCAUUACCCAAGACAGCUCAGAUUUCCAUGACGCUUUAUUUGUGUGUAUAGACAAUGGUCUAGGACAGAAGUGAACAAAUUUUGCUACAUAUUGCAGUCAUAUUAGGCUUUUAAUCUUUGAUGAGACAUGAUCAAAAUGCCAAGUAGCCAACCAGGCACUGGGCUGGCUAGUUUUCCUUAUCAUACGAUUUCAUCAUGUAGACAGAAGAAUGCUGAAUGCUCUUGGAUGGCUCCAGGUAGUUAGAUAGAGACGUUGUGUCUUCAUGAAGACAAAAAUUUUGUGAAUCACAAGGAUAGGAAGGGAGAAAUCUGCCAUCAUCAGGCUGCAAUCACAGUGCCAAAUGGAUGUGAAGAAACUUUCUUUGGAAAAGUUUUUGCCAAGUCAUGCACACAUAAAGUCAUGUGAGGUCAAGUUCAUGCAGGGUCAUGUCAGGUCAAGUUCAUGCAGGGUCAUGGCAGGUCAAGUACAUGCAAGGUCAUGGCAGGUCAAGUACAUGCAAGGUCAUGGCAGGUCAAGUACAUGCAAGGUCAUGGCAGGUCAAGUACACAAAAUCGUGUCUUCUCAAAAGAAAAUUGCAGCUAUGCCACUUUGCCUAAAUUCCGUUUGUAUUUCUCACUUUUAUUUUUGUACAUGACGUGUUGAGCCAUAAAGUUGAAUGUGUAAUAAUUGUUUAUUACUGAUGCAGUGCAAAACCUCUAUUAUGUGUGUUUUUUGCUUCGUAAUUUCAUGAGUACCUGUACGUGUAUUAUUAUUGUUCUUUUUUAUUGUGUGUUCUGUAGCCAGGGUAGCCCAGGGUAACCACACUGCUUUACAGUGGGUCCUGGGUGUAGACAUAUCAUGUGGAUGAAACAUAUCAGUUGUAGCAUUACAUUGUAAUUAAGCUGAUUGGCAUGUUCCUUACUGAUAGAUGUAUCCCACACAUGUAGGGCCACCAGUCUAUAUAUGUAGGGCCUCCAUAUGAAUGAUAUGGCAUGCUUGUACACUGCCAUAACCUUAUGCAUGAGAGACUAGAUCAACAAUUUCAGUAUGUGCCUAUUUAUAUUAUUUCUUGUCAGUGUUUAUAUUAAUUUCUUUUGUUGCACUGUCAAGCCAAGUUAAUAAAACCACCGUUGCAAUGUUUAUUUCUUUGUUCAUCGUUCGAAGCUUUUAAGUUGUGACUGUUAUUAGUGUAUCUGUUACAUGAUAUGCGCUCUUCUGUGAAAACAUUUAGUGUAAUAUUUAAAACAUGUAACAAUUUUAGGGGUCAGAAUCUAUGAUGAAAUAAUCUUUUCAAAGGCACCAUUGAAUUAAUCAUAUGUUUGUCCUCAGCUGAAGAUGACUUUAUUAUGCUGAAGUGUGAAGUUCUGUUGUAAUCUGUGUCAGUUUCUGUAUUUUCUGGAUAACAAAAUGUGAUCAUCUUAACGGCACGUUAACUUGUUGGUUCCAAGAGUUAAAGAAAAGUAAUGCCAAACAGGGAAAUCAACGUGGAAACAGAGUCUGAGAGGAUUUAAAAGCCUGUACCUAAGUUGGUACACACAGUGUCAGGGAGUGGAUGUUGUCAAAUGUAAGCCACCCCCCCCCCCCACACCCAACCAGAGUUUCACCUUCAGUGAAAUUUUAAAAGGAAAAUGGCCAUAAACCCAACUGGUGUGGCCUAUAGAAUAUGUCAUGUAAUUGUGCUUGUACAAUGUAGGUGAAAGUUGGCAUUCACAGGUUCUGGUGAAAGUUGCCUAACUAAUUAAUGUAGGCUCAGGUGAAAUUUGCCUAACUAGUGUACAUGGCUGUUGGUGAUGUUGAUGUUAUUGGGUAUUGUUGAACAUUGUCUUUUGGAGUGGAAUCAUGUAAAUGUCUUUUAGCCCUGGGUGUAUUUUCAAAUCGUAACACCCAACUGAGAUGAAGUGUCUAAAUUGUAUGCUGCAUUUGUGUAGGAAAACAACAAAUAUAUGCAUUAUACAUAUAUAUAAUAUAUAUAUAUAUUAGAACAGAAACAUUUAUGUGAUAUUAUAUACAUAAUAUUAUAUUAGAUAUAUGUAAAAGUAUCUGUGUUUGUUAAAGUAUCUUAUUGUAACAAAGUAUUUGCACUCAAUUCAUGUGUAUGUCUGUUCUCCUGAGAUAAUAGUUUGAAUCUUAAUUUGUUAAAACACAGUAAGAAGAAUGGAGAUGUGAAACUGUAUGUUAUUGGCCAUUGUCGAUGUAAUAUCUUUACUGUUGUUUUAUAUGGCGCACAGUAUCGUGUGGAUACGUCUGAGGUUUUAAAAAGAAUGAUGCUAAGCCAUCCUCCUACGCAGGGACAUCCAACGGCGAAAUUGCCUGUCUGGAUGUACCCUGCUUUCUCAACCGUCACCCUUAGUUCCUGUGGGCAUCCCCCCAAACCAGCUGCCAGCCAAUCAG